AUGGAUGGCCACGGCUUGGGCCACUUGAAGAUCUUACUGCAGACACAGCGAGGAUUGCUGCAGAGACGGCCCAAACUGGUGACCUCGCUUCUCACAGAUGUCUUUCGAUCUGAUGCAGGUAUUGCUUUGCGUAUGCUACGUGAGGGCAAUGUUGAAGCGAAUAUCUUCCAUCACAACGCAGCAAUUAGCACCUGCUUCAUAGGCCACAAAUGGCAAGAUGCAAGCCAGAUGCUGGAUACUUUGUUACAAACACCUGUGCAAGCCAACACUGUCACCUUCAACACCAUGCAGACCGUGCUGGAUGCAUCUGGGCAAUGGGCCAUGGCCACACUACUGCUUGAUUUGAUGGGACUCAGCACAGUGAAACCUGACCCACAAAGCUUCAACAUAGUCGUCUCUGCAUUCUCACGGCAAGUGCUUUGGACUCGUGCUGCAGCUCUCCUUUAUGAGACACGUCAGCAGCACACGCCCCAUGACACGGUCACGGUCAACAGCAUGCUAUCAGCUCUCGCGAGAGGAGGACGGUGGCUUGCUGCAAGCCAGUUGGUUAUGGAGCUUCCAAGAGCCCAAGUGCGGCUGGGAAUUUUGGGUCAGACAGCUGUUCUCAGCGCAUUUGUGGCCUGGUGGGCUGCCAUGCAAGAGCUGACGGAAUCUGCAGCACGAGGCUUCGAAUUUGCUUUGACGGGUCUCAGCGCAGCAAUCUCUGCCUGUGAGAAGGGAACUGCCUGGAGAAGAGCCAUGAGCACGUUUCACACGACAGCCAUUGCAGUACAACCUGAUAUCAUUUGCAUCAGCGCAGUCACCAGUGCACUGGAGAACUGUGUCAGGUGGCAAGAAGCCGUCUGGUCCUUGACCAUCAUGCACCAGAGUGGCCAUGAAGUCGACAACGAGAGUUGCAGUGCAGGAAUUGGUGCCUGUGAGAACGCCUGCCUUUGGGCGCGCAGUUUUGUUUUGCUGCGACACUUGCUGACAUCUUCUCUGCUCCCAACGAUUGUCACGCUCAACACCGCUGUGCUAACCUGUGCGCAAGUGGCAAGAUGGCAAACUGCCUUGGAGAUCACGGGCGGGUUGAAGCAAACCAUGCUGUUGGCUGAUCGAAAUACGUUCAAUGCAGUUCUUGCGUCCUUCAGCAGCUCUGGCCACUGGCUACAUGCAGUCAGCCUGACAAAUGAAAUGAUCACAGCAUUUCACUUGCCAGAUGAAGUGAGCUGUGAUGCUGCUUUCGCUGCUUGUAAGCAAGCAUCGCAAGCUUCCGCAGCUCUCGCAUUUUUGCACAGCGUGCAGUGUGUAGGACUUUCCCUGCUGCGUACAGGAAGUAAAAAGACGACUGGCAGACGCCCUGGGAGACGUGUCUGA